CGUGCUGUCCUCUUUUACCCCAUCUUUCCCUGGUAGCGGGAGCAGUGAGCCAUGGAGCUGUACUUUGGUGAAUAUCAACACGUGCAGCAGGAAUACGGUGUCCACCUGAGGCUCGCCAGUGAUGAAACCAAAAAGUUGAGGAAUUCCCAGCACCCUAAGGCAGGCUCCUACGGGGUCAGUAUUCGGGUACAGGGGAUCGAUGGCCACCCCUACAUAGUCCUGAACAACACGGAGCGCUGCCUGCCAGGCACACCUUUUUCUGAAAACGGGCCAUCGUUUCCACCGCCAGUGAUAAAUGACCUGCCUGUGCAUCCCAGCAACGGGGCUGGGCUAGAGGAGGACAGUGCGGACGAGCUGCCCUUUCCAGAAAACCCGUAUGCCCCACCCAGCUCAGAGAGAACCCCAAAGCAACCCCCUCUCUUUGAGGCCAAGCAUGGAGCUCUAGAAUGCAAAGAGGGGCCCAGGAAGCCAUCGCAGGUGCUGAACUUUCAGAGGCAUCCCGAGCUUUUGCAGCCCUACGACCCUGAGAAGAAUGAGUUGAACUUACACAACCACCAACCUGCUCAGGGUAACUGGCUACAGACCCUAACAGAAGAAGGCACCAACAGUAAGAAGGGCUGGACUUACUUUUCCAAACCCAGUCGUUCCCAGCCCGCCAGCCCUCCUCUGGAAGAGCUGGCCAAGUCCAACGUGACGGCCAUUCGCUUAUGCAGCUCGGUGGUCAUCGAUGACCCCAAGAAGCAGACCUCCGUGUGCGUGAAUGUGCAGAGCUGCGCCAAGCAGGGGCCGCGGGAGGCGGAGGCCCCCUCCCCGGGCGGGAGCUCCGAAGCCAAGAAAACCAGGCCGGAUGUGCUUCCCUUCCGGCGCCAAGACUCCGCGGGUGCCGUCCUGGACGGAGCGCGCUCCCGGAGGUCCUCCUCCACGUCCACGACGCCCACCUCGGCCAACUCCUUGUACCGCUUUUUACUGGACGACCAGGAAUGUGCCCUCCACGCUGACAAUGUGAAUCGGCAUGAAAACAGAAGGUAUAUCCCUUUCUUGCCAGGAACCGGGCGGGAUAUCGAUACGGGAUCGAUGCCGGGCGUGGAUCAGUUGAUCGAAAAAUUCGACCAAAAACCUGGGCUGCAGAGAAGGGGCAGGUCUGGGAGGCGAAACAGAAUCCACCCCGAAGACAGGAAGAGGUCCCGGAGCGUGGACAGCGCCUUUCCCUUCGGCCUCCAGGGGAACUCGGAGUACCUGACCGAGUUCAGCAGGAACCUGGGCAAGUCCAGCGAGCACCUCCUGCGCCCCUCACAGGUGUGUCCGCAGCGGCCGCAGGCCCCGGAGCACCCCCGCGGGAGACAGAGCUCGGGGCACGCCUCCGCCAAGCCGCAGGGGGCCCCCCCCAGGCCUCCCCAGCAGAGCAGAGAUGGGAAAGCUCUGGAAAGCAAAGGUGGCCAGGAAAGUACCCCGGCGCGUGCAUCCUCCCUCCCAGCGCAGAAAAAGGAGGAGGAAAUCAAAACGGCCACUGCUACGCUGAUGUUACAGAACCGCGGGCGAGCGGCGUCGCCUGACUCUGGUGCCAAGAAGAUUUCUGUGAAGACAUUUGCGUCCACCUCAAAUACCCAGGCCACGCCGGACCUGUUGAAAGGCCAGCAGGAGCUCACGCAGCAAACCAACGAGGAGACGGCCAAGCAGAUCCUCUACAAUUACCUCAAGGAAGGAAGCACCGAUAAUGAUGAUGCCACCAAAAGGAAAGUCAACUUGGUCUUUGAGAAAAUCCAGACUUUAAAGUCUCGAGCAGCAGGAAGCACACAAGGAAGUCACCAAGCUUCUAACUCUUCGUCUGAAGUCAAAGAUCUGUUGGAACAGAAAACCAAGUUGACCACAGAAGUGGCUGAACUUCAGCGACAGCUUCAACUGGAAGUCAAGAAUCAACAGAACAUCAAAGAAGAGAGGGAGAGAAUGAAAGCAAACUUAGAAGAGCUCCAGAGCCAACACGACCACAAGGAGAAAGAGAACUCGGUGCUGCAGCGGCGGCUGGAAGAGAGUGAGGGGGAGCUCCGGAAAAGCCUGGAGGAGCUGUUUCAGGUAAAGAUGGAACGGGAACAGCACCAGACGGAGAUCAGGGAUCUCCAGGACCAGCUCUCGGAAAUGCAUGAUGAACUGGACAGCGCCAAACGGUCCGAGGACAGGGAGAAGGGGGCUCUGAUUGAGGAACUCUUACAGGCCAAACAGGACCUUCAAGAUCUGCUUAUCGCCAAAGAGGAGCAGGAAGACCUCCUGAGGAAGCGGGAGCGGGAACUCACUGCCCUGAAGGGAGCCCUGAAAGAAGAGGUUUCCAGUCAUGACCAGGAGAUGGAGAAGCUGAAGGAGCAGUACGACGCCGAGCUGCAGGCCCUGAGGGAGAGCGUGGAGGAAGCCACCCAGAAUGUCGAGGUCCUGGCCAGUCGGAGCACCUCACAGCAGGCCCAGGUGGAUGCUGAGCUGCGCGUGCAGGCCCUGGAGGAGGAGAAUGAGCGGCUGCGGGGCAGCCUGGGCGAGCUGGAGCAGAGCGUGGCGCGGCUGCAGAGGCAGGCUGCUGACCUUCAAGGCGACGAGGCCAAAGCCAAGGACACCCUCAGGAAGUACGAGGGGGAAAUCCGACAGUUAGAGGAGGCCCUCGUGUGUGCAAGAAAGGAAGAAAAGGAAGCCACGGCAGCCAAAAGGGCCCUGCAGAGUGAGCUGGAAGAGGCUCAGGCAAGUCUGAGUCGGGCCACCCAGGAGCAGAAGCAGUUGUCCGAGAAGCUAAGAGAGGAGGCUGAGCAGAAGGAGCAGUUAAGGAGAAUGAAGAACGAAAUGGAGAAUGAGCGCUGGCAUCUUGACAAGACCAUUGAGAAACUGCAGAAGGAGAUGGCCGACAUUGUCGAGGUGUCCCGCACGUCAACGCUGGAGCUCCAGAACCAGCUGGAUGACUACAAGGAGAAGAAUCGCAGGGAGCUUGCAGAAAUGCAAAGGCAGUUGAAGGAGAAAACCCUAGAGGCAGAAAAGUCCCGUCUGACUGCCUCAAAAAUGCAGGAGGAGAUGCGCCUGAUGGAGGAAGAGUUGCGGGACUACCAGAGAGCUCAGGAUGAGGCGCUCACGAAGAAGCAGCUCCUGGAGCAGACGCUGAAGGACCUGGAGUACGAGCUGGAGGCCAAGAGUCACCUCAAAGAUGACCGCGGCAGGCUCGUCAAGCAGAUGGAGAUGGAGCAGAUGAGGAACGAGCUGCUUCAGGAGAGAGCUGUGAGGCAAGACUUGGAGUGUGACAAGAUUUCCCUGGAGAGACAGAACAAGGACUUAAAGAGCCGGAUUAUGCACCUGGAAGGUUCCUACCGGUCCAGCAAAGAGGGGCUGGUGGUGCAGUUGGAGGCCAGGAUCGCGGAGCUGGAGGACCGGCUGGAGAGCGAGGAGAGGGACCGGAACAGCCUCCAGCUCAGCAACCGCCGGCUGGAGCGGAAGGUGAAGGAGCUGGUGAUGCAGGUGGACGAUGAGCACCUGUCGCUGACUGAUCAGAAGGACCAGCUGAGCUUGCGCUUGAAAGCAAUGAAGCGCCAGGUGGAGGAGGCCGAGGAGGAAAUCGACAGGCUCGAAAGCUCUAAGAAGAAGCUGCAGAGGGAGCUGGAGGAGCAGAUGGAUGUCAAUGAGCAGCUGCAGGGGCAGGUCAACAAUUUGAAGAAGAACAUAAGACUGAAGAAGCUGCCCAGCAAAGUGCUGGACGACAUGGACGACGACGACGACCUCAGCACCGACGGGGGGAGCCUCUACGAGGCGCCGCUGAGCUACACCUUCCCCAAGGAUGCCAUCAGCCAGCUCUGAGCCCUCUUCCGGGCCUGUGGAGGGGGCUCGAGUGGCCGUCCUUCCUCCCAGGGACCCUCAGCCGCCGCAGCAGGAGGCAGGGGAGGCAGCACCCGUCCUCCGGCGCCGAGACCUUCACUGCCUCUUCCCAUAACCUGCGAUUCCUCCGCUCCGUUCACUAGGGUGUGUGAGCGAACAUGGCUCUCCGGGCUUAGGGAGCUAUUGCAGGGUAAAGGCUGAGCCGCCCGAGGCCCGGCAGCCACCGCCCGCUGGGUGCUUUGGAAAUAUAAUUCGUCAGCCCAAGUCCUCUCUGCACCGCUGUCUGUGUUGCUGCUCCUGCCCCCUGCCCUCCCCCCGCCAGGAGGAAGGGUCCAAAUGCUCGUCACUGUUUAACAGCCGCUGUGCACGUGGGAAGUGAUGCGCAGGCUGUACGUAUUUUAAAGCAACUUCUCAUGGCCGCUGCUGUUCCGUUUCGGACUGUGACAGAGGCUUCCCGGGGGCUUGUCUGUCAGGUUCACACGUCUGUAUUGAGUAUUACUUUUUUAAAUGUGAAGUUACUAGGUUUUAAGUAUUGAGGAGCAGAGGCAAGAGGGAGAAGGUAGAACAAAGACCACGUGGACAUUAGAGCUGGAGAAAAAGAAUCGGCCUGGCGUUAAGGGACAGUGAACCCCGAGGAGAGAAGCUCAGGUGGUCUCGGUGCACAGCUUGCUGACGGAGGAGAGGGUCAGAGGGUCACUUGUAUCCAUGGCCUUGGUGGUUCAUUUUAUCUGGAAUCUUGUUGUAAUUUCUGAACCGUGCUGAGACCAGUGCCCAGGCACCACUUGCAACUUCUUAGGGAGACUUGCAAGUAGGGCUUUUGACGGGUGAUGUGGUUUCCGGAACUUGGGGCCGUCCUGUCAUUUCUUAUUGGUCCUCUCCUCCCUCCUCCGACAGCAGGCCUCUGAGUUGGGCUCUCCCGUCCUUGGGCAGGGUGGUUGCUGGAUGGGGAAGAGGAGGAUAUGGGGUUAAGGCUCAUGGACUUAGGGGCGAGGAAGAGGCAGGAGGUACCCAGUGAGGUCACAAGGAAAGGGAGGAGGGAGGAGAGAUAAGCAGGUGUGUGUGGGUUUGGGUGGGGAGGAGGAAGUCCUUGAAAGCUGGGGGAUGUGUAGACAGGAGGUGGAUUGAGAAGGAUCUCAGGUUUAUGUAGGAAAGGGAGGAAAGAAGCUGAAAUCAGAUAGAGGUGUGUCUGUGCAAAUGGGAAGGCUCUUUCCAACUUCCUGGGGGCGGAGGGACAUCGGCCGGCACCAGGCACGGAGUGACUGCGGACUGCAAUUGGGUGCCGUCUGGGCAAGGACACGUUGCAGGGACAGAAUUACAGGGAGCGUGGCACUGGGAGGAUGCAGGGUACCCGUCACUUCCUCCUGGCCUUCCUGGUGUCUCCUCCCACUGUGACAGUCCCCAGGCACACCCAGAGGCCGGGCCAUCACAGCUGAGCUCCCCUCAGUCAGGGCCAGGGAAAGAACCCUGCAAGCCGUGGCCAUGGGUGGGGCAGAGAUGGCAGUGUUCAUCUGCUUCAGCAGAGGCCCACGCAUCCUAGAGACGGGAGGCAUGCGUUAGUGCCACACACACACACACACACACACACACACACACACACGUGAGGCCCCUGGAGCAGGAGCGCCAAGCCUUCCUCACCUCUGGUUUGGGGGUGUGGAGAAAUUCCUCCCUUUAGCGACUGAUUCAUUUACAGAUAUUUAUUGGGCGUCUACGAUGUGUCAAGCAUGGUUCUCGGCACUGGGAAAAAAACAGUAAAAUGGAUCAAAAUGCAACUCUUCCUGGAGCACAGUCAGGGGGAAGGGGGUGAUAGACAACAGUCAUACAAACGGGCACAGAGGCUGAGCCCUCCGUACCCAGCCUGGAUCCCGCUGUCCUCUCAGGGAUGCAACAAGCCUGCAGUUGGUCGACUGUCCCGCUGGAACUCCAGGGUUCCUUCCACCCUCGGCAUGUUCCUGAUUCCCCCACUGCUUCCACCAUGUUGGGGUAUUUGCCAGGAGGCCUGCCUGGUAAUGCCUCAGCCCACUCGUAACUGAGGCUGGGAGGUGAGAAAGCUCUGAGGCCCAGGAGCUGUGGGAGCCAGUGAGUGUCGGUCUUGGUUGGUGAGGAAGUCCCUGCCCCUCACUUCGGCCACUUCCUUCUGGUUCCCCGGUUGGCUGCGAGAAUGGAGACCAGAGCUCACCAUUCAGAAGACUUACGUCCUUAUCUAAAAAUGGGCUGUUUUACAUGCUACCUGUGCCCUUCUCCACGGUGUUGGAGCCGGCAGUGAGCUGGGUGCGUGCGGGGAGAUUGAGGUGGGCAGAGUACUGGCCUGGACGUUGAAAGGGGUGUUUCCAAGUCCCAGUUUAUCUUGCCCUGGUGAUCCCGACGGGGCACACGCCCACAGAGCCCCAGAUUCCCAGAAUAAAGGAGGACCAGGGCCCAGACCUGUCCAGCUCUGGCAUGCUCUCAUACUUUGAUUUUAUUAUAUACACAUGAUUUUUGUUGCUUUAAGGACUAACCCUACUCAAGAAUAUUUUCUUUAGCUUAAAAACAAAACAUUUUAUUUAAUAAACAAAUUUGUGGCCAGAUGCAAUGCGGAGGAGACAAUCAUCCUGUAUCUUUAUAAUUGCUUUCCUGCUUCUGAGAGUCAUUCGACAACGCCAGUGGGCUCAUUCCAUUGGGUUUCUGCAUUCGUUUGGUUUGAUUGCUUAGGUGUGUCAUGGGGAAGAGACAUUCUUAUGCAGCUGCCCUCAUGUAAGAACUCCUGGAUCAAGCAAGAUUGCCUUUCAAUACACGGUCUCACCCGACGGGAAUCUCAACUCUCCCAUUAUUUGGACUUCCUUGUUUUCUUCAGAGUGUGGCUCCCUGUCUGCCAAGAAACAGCCGAAGUGAAUGGCUGGAAGCUGCUCCAGGAAGUGAAAUACGGUGGCAUUCCGGCCGGCCGAGAGCAGUUUCUGAAACAGAAGGGUGGGUGUGGGUCAGGGUGGCACAGAGAAUGAGUGUACCUGGAUGCCUGUGAUGUGCCGAGAAGUCCAAACUGCCCAUUUUCAGCAAACCGAGAAGUGUGUUAACAGAAUAAAGAGGUGGCUCCUGUUGAUUCCUUGUUCCUAAA